AUGACGACGGCGACGUCGUUUGGAGCAGCUAGUACUGCUGUGUUAAAGGACGUAAAGAUUCAGAUAGGGAGUUUUGAUGGAUUGAGGAGUUCGAAUUCAGUUGGUUUGAGUAGAAGACAUGUUAAUUUGUUCUCGGUUUCGUCUUCAACCUCUCGACCUAAUUCGCUUAUUAGAGCUGUCUCAACGCCAGUAAAGCCGGAGACUGAAACUAAGCGUAGCAAGGUUGAAAUAAUCAAAGAACACAGCAAUUUUAUUAGGUACCCUCUUAAUGAGGAGUUGCUCACAGAUGCCCCAAACAUUAAUGAGUCUGCUACACAAAUUAUCAAGUUCCAUGGGAGCUAUCAGCAGUAUAACAGAGAUGAACGAGGGGGAAGAUCCUACUCCUUUAUGCUUCGUACAAAGAACCCAUGUGGGAAAGUCCCAAACCAAUUGUACUUGACCAUGGAUGAUCUUGCCGAUCAGUUUGGAAUUGGAACACUUCGAUUGACAACCAGGCAAACAUUUCAGCUCCAUGGUGUUCUUAAGAAGAACCUCAAGACUGUGAUGAGCAGCAUUAUUCAUAGCAUGGGUUCAACUCUUGGUGCAUGCGGUGAUCUUAACAGGAAUGUUUUGGCUCCUGCUGCUCCAUUUGCGAGAAAAGAUUACCAAUUUGCACAGCAAACUGCUGAUAAUAUUGCUGCACUUCUAACUCCCCAGUCUGGUUUCUACUAUGAUAUGUGGGUGGAUGGAGAGAAAAUCAUGUCAGCAGAACCUCCAGAGGUGGAGAAGGCCCGCAAUGACAAUUCGCAUGGAACAAAUUUCCCUGAUUCACCAGAGCCCAUCUAUGGAACUCAAUUCUUGCCUAGGAAGUUCAAAGUGGCAGUCACUGUGCCAACAGAUAACUCCGUGGAUCUUCUCACAAAUGAUGUUGGUGUGGUUGUGGUUACUGAUGCUGAUGGGGAACCUCAGGGUUUUAACAUAUAUGUUGGUGGUGGUAUGGGAAGAACUCAUAGGCUAGAGACCACUUUUCCUCGGUUGGCAGAACCGUUGGGUUAUGUACCAAAGGAGGACAUUUUAUAUGCAGUGAAAGCUGUUGUUGUCACUCAACGAGAAAAUGGGAGGAGAGAUGAUCGCAAAUACAGUAGAAUGAAAUAUUUGAUAAGCUCCUGGGGAAUCGAGAAGUUUAGAAGUGUUGUGGAGCAGUAUUAUGGGAAGAAAUUUGAGCCUUGCCGUGAGUUGCCUGAGUGGGAAUUUAAAAGUUACUUGGGAUGGCAUGAGCAGGGUGAUGGUGGCUUGUUUUGUGGGCUCCAUGUUGAUAGUGGUCGUGUUGGGGGGAAAAUGAAGGCGACAUUAAGGGAAAUAAUAGAGAAGUACAAUUUGGAUGUACGUCUCACACCAAACCAGAACAUCAUCUUGUGUGGUAUUCGCAAAGCAUGGAAGCGCCCCAUCACCACAGCUCUUGCACAGGCUGGUUUACUGCAACCCAAGUAUGUAGACCCCCUCAAUUUGACUGCAAUGGCAUGUCCAGCUUUACCACUUUGCCCAUUGGCAAUAACUGAAGCUGAACGGGGAAUUCCUGACAUCCUCAAACGUGUUAGAGCUGUAUUCGAGAAGGUUGGUCUCAAAUACAAUGAAUCUGUGGUAAUAAGGGCAACUGGCUGUCCCAAUGGCUGUGCCAGACCUUACAUGGCUGAACUUGGAUUUGUAGGUGAUGGUCCUAAUAGCUACCAGCUUUGGCUUGGGGGAACACCCAAUCAAACUUCAUUAGCAAGAACCUUCAUGAAUAAGGUUAAAAUUCAUGACCUUGAAAAGGUUUUGGAACCUCUCUUUUAUUCUUGGAAAAGGAAAAGACAAUCCAAAGAAUCAUUUGGCGACUUCACAAAUCGCGUGGGGUUUGAAGCUCUUCAAGAGUGGGUUGAGAAAUGGGAUGGUGUGGUGGCUACACGGCCUACAUACAACCUGAGACUUUUUGCUGAUAAGGAUACAUAUGAAAAAAUGGAUGAACUUGCAAAAUUGCAGAAUAAGACUGCUCAUCAGUUGGCCAUGGAAGUUAUUCGCAAUUAUGCUACUGCCCAGCAAAACGGGAAAGGAGAAUGA